AUGCGCGUCCACCGCGACUACACCCUCCUCGAAGCAGCGAUACACGCGCAUCAAGGAGAAGACGUUCUCGGGCACCUCGUCGAACAUGUCGAUGUCAACCUGUAUUCAAAAGGCCUAACCUUGCUCCAUCAAGCCAUCCUCGCGGACAACGUCCCAGCUGCCACGCUUCUCCUGCACUGUGGCGCCAAUGUUCUUUGCAACGAUGAACGGAAGGCCACACCGCUGCAUCUCGCCAAAUCUGCUGAAGCUGCAUUGCUGCUUCUCCGCCGAGGUGCCUGUGUCGAGUGGCAACGAUACGACGGUGCUACACCAUUGCACACUUGUGGAUUGUCGUCCAUCGCACGUGUGCUCGUACAACACAAGGCGAACGUGCAUGCGAGGACAUUUAACGGUGACACACCUCUGCACGGUUGCAAAGACGCGGAGAUGGUCAAGUGUCUCGUAGACGACGGUGGUGCCCAAGUGAAUGUGGCCAACACGGACAAGUUUACUCCGUUGCACGUGGCGUGCAGCUUUGGCAGAUGGCGUGUGGCCAUCGCUCUCCUCGAGCGCAGUGCUUCACUGGACGCGUUAGAUCGCAGUGGACGCACCCCAAGCGACGUGGUCAAGGCCGUCAGGUCCCUCUUGUUCCCGUUGAACAUGAACGACAAAUCGGAACUCGAUCGAACGUUGGUGUCGCUCGACGUGUGGGCCGCUGGCCGACGAAGGGGCGACGACAACAGAGUCAUCUACGAGAAACUGGUGUGGCACGCCUUGCGACCUGUUUGUCGAGAUCCGAAGUGUGCACUUGUGGUUGCCACAAGAUUACCCCUCGACCUUGUAAACAGCAUCGUAAUUCAGUGGCUCGGGCCGUGGGCGCCGGCGACGGCGUAGCCAUGAUGAAACGUCGAUGUUGAAUGGUAUUCACCCUGUCACGCUGGUGCUGAGGACAUGGCAUGGAGCUGUGGCAGGUCGAAAGUAAGUUAAAAGGAAGGGUCGGUGAACGGCGGCUGGCAUAAAAUAGGAGAAUUACAGCUCUGCAUCUUUGUACAUGCCUUAGACUUCUUCGUCGUUCGCCCCUUCUUCACCAGUGAAUGAGCUCGAAAACUUGACGAUGGCGCGACCAAUCGCCCCAAUCCAUUCUUCCUUCUGCUUCUCGCUUUCAGCGUGCAUGUAGUACGUUGAUUCCGGCGUCGCCACUUCAAAGCAGUAUCGCUUGUUGGUCUUCUCUUCGGCCGAUUUCACGGUGAGGCAUUCGGAGAGGUCGAUCACUCCGUGGGGACUCUCGCCUUUGACGCGGCAGAAGUAGAGCUUAUUUCCUUUGAGGACAAAGUAUCGCGCGCGCCACUCCUUUAGCCAUACACUUCGCUUCGUCAGUUCCCCUUCAAAGUCUGGAUUCGAUAGAUCGUAUGUUGUGUCCAUCCUGCUGCGCCGCUUCUCGAUGGAAAGUUGGCAGUCG